AUGGCACGUAGGAAGCCUCAUACUCAACUGAUCGAUGGCGUGCCCAGAGAUCCCAAUUACGACGCGGAACUCUUCCGGUCAAGCUUGAACUUUCGCGCCCGAAGCAAGGACCUCGUUGUAUUCACUUAUCCAAAGAGCGGCACUCACUGGUUGGUGUACAUCACCCAGUGCAUUCUUAAUGGAGGCGAAGGCGUCCACACCUACGAACAGUUUUCGGACAACAUGAGAUACCUGGGUGGCACGGAUUUCGAAGGGUGGCAGCCCGCUCUUCCCCUGCGCCUUUUCGCUACCCACGUGUCCCCGCGGAGAGACACCAUGAACGAGCAGGCGAAAUACGUCUACUUAGCUCGGAACCCGUGGGACGUUUGCGUUUCGCUUUUUCACAUGGUGACAAACUUUAGCUCGUACCGCUUUCAGGACGGCACGUUCGACGAGUUUUUCGAUGACUUUUUGGAAGGAGACGGUGCCGGUCAUGGAAGCUACUUCGACCACGUGGCUUCUGGGUACACACUUAGAAACGAGCCGAACGUCUGCUUUCUCACUUACGAGGAGCUUUUGAAGGACACUGGAGCCGUAGUUUUAAAACUGGCUCGGUUUCUGGGGGAACACUACGCUGCACAUAUGGGAGCGAAUCAAACUAUAUUGCCGAAGAUACUGGACAGUUGCACGGCCAAGAAACUGAGGGGCCUCCUCGUCCUCGAUUUUAGUAAACCGUCGAAAACCUUGUUUGAAUGUGAGUCCCGCGGGCCGGUGACAUUCACGGAAGGUUACGAAGGUGAUCCCCAAAAGUACAGUUUUGUGAGGAAAGGUACAAUCGGCAGUUGGAAGGAGUACUUCUCGCCUGAACAAUUGCGUCGGAUGGAAGCUAUGAUACAGAAGGUGGAAAAGACGUCUUCGGUUAUGGACCUCUGGAGGGAUAUAAGGCAAGAGGCUAUCGCGGCCAUGCAAACCAUCGAAAGAGGAAGCUUGUGA